UAUUAUAUACCGUUUUGUUUUUAUAGUCUGAUCGGUUUAGUUGCAUGGAAAAAGUCGAAGGUCGACAUUCAAAACCGGCUUCCUGCUUUCCGUAGCUUAAGCCGACUACGUUGGCAACAUGGCGUCUUCAGAUGUCCACGUCCGAAUAUGUGAACAAGAAAUACUCAAAUAUGACUUGGAAAUCAAAGCUCUCAUCCAGGAUAUUAAUGAGUGUGCAGGGCCUCAAAGCAAGCUGACAGAGCUGAACGCAGAUGUGAAAAAAAGUUUCCACAAUCUCAGGUUACGGAUUCAGGAUUUUGAGCAGAUGGCCAUGGAGCAGGAUAAAGAGUCAGACAAGCAAGCAUUGCUCAGUCAGGUAGAGGGACACAGAAAACAGAUGCUAAGUAACCAGACAGGUUGGAGGAAAGCCAACCUGGCCAGCAAACUGUCCAUAGACAAAAUGGAAAAGCAGGCGCUUCUUGAUGGAGCCGAUAGUUCUGUGAGGCAGAGGAAAAUGACCAAAGAGGACUUGGCUCAGACAACCAGCGACAUUACAGAGAAUCUGAUGAGCAUCAGCCGGAUGAUGGCGCAGUCGGUUCAGCAGAGCGAGGAGACCAUGACAUCACUUGCAACCUCCUCAAGGACAGUCUUAGAGACCAAUGAGGAGUUUAAGACCAUGACCGGGACAAUCCAGCUCGGGAGGAAACUUAUCACCAAGUACAACCGAAGAGAGCUGACGGACAAACUGCUCAUCUUCCUGGCGCUCGCCCUCUUCCUCGCCACAGUUCUCUACAUCCUAAAGAAGAGACUGUUCCCCUUCUUAUAGACCAGGUACCUUUUGAGGAGCUCUCCCAUUACCGCAUACAGUACUUUCCACGGUCAAAUGAUUUAAACAAACCUGACUGCUGCGUGUCAUAUUACACGCACAUUACACAUGAGUGUCUGCCCGCUGGAAUGUGGACUGCUCACACGGCUGAACUGUGACGCUGCUGAGAGUGAAAUAUUGUCCACAAAGAGGAAGGUUAACCGAAGAUAAUUCCAUGCAGGGUUUUAUUUAUUGAAGGGAAAUAUGAAUUCUUCUGCAAAAGAUGUGUCAGACAUUCAUCUGAAGAUGUGUCAGACCUUCAUCUUUGCUGGGUGUGACAAUAAUAGGGCCGAAUAGCAUUCAAAAAUGUUCCAUACCAGUACCGGUACUUUAAUACUGGUUCAUGAUACCAAUUUAACAACAAAAAAACGGUUAAACAAAAACAAAAUCUAACUAAUCCUUAUAUUUAUUUUCAGCUCCUUUACACCUAUGUGAAGCACAUUGUAGCCAAGCCUCUCAAAAUCAACACACUCUCAUGUGUGCGUCUCUUUAGUGUUUUGCCUGCAUGCCUCUGUGCCGUGUAAUGUUAGACAACCAAUCAACACCAUUAUUAGAUCUUGGUAUAGGCAUGCUGCAUGCUUAUUGGCUUCUAACUUCGAAUGACAAGGCAUUUUUUUUGCUAUUCGAUACUAUGGAGGCAAUUCAGUCGGUGCCUAAAAGUGUUUAAGUGAUGCUGUGCAUUGCUAUACAUGCAAUCAUUUUGGAGAGGAGAUGAGCGGCACAUAUAAAUCUUUUCUCUUGUACAUCCCUGCUAAAGUUUUCCAGUACGGUGUUUGUUUUCAUAUCCAAAUAUUUCUCAUAUCAAAGAUAUAGGGUAUGUAUAUUACAGUAUAUACAUUUGUGCAUAUAUAUAUAUAUAUAUAUAUAUAUACACACAGACUCUAAGUAAUGCUCAGACGCCUAAAAUGUUUGUCUGUUUGCUUCAGAUGUUGCUAUGACUGCAGAUAAUGUGCUGACAGCAGGUUAAAAAAUCUUUCUCUAUGACACACUAUGGGUUCUGAAGAUUAAAAAACCCCAUAACGUUUUCAGUGAGAACUCAUAAUCACAAAAUGUGCUACUUCUAAUUUCAGCUCAACAAGCUUUUACUAGCUUGCAUGCCUUAAAAACAAUGCUAUAAUAACCUAUAGUAGUAUUAAUUACUAUUAAUCAAUAGCUUUAAAUGUCACAAAGUUAAGGCUGUAUACUGUGGUAAAAUUAUUCAGAUUAAAGAACUAUCAGAAACAGAAAAGGACUGAAUCGUCAUUAAUUGGUGUUUUACCAAACCAUAUUUCAUCACUUGAUAUCAUAAAGUAAUUGAGCAAAUGAUGUGCAAGCUUUCUGUAUAAUUGUUAUUUAUAAACAUAUACUUUGUAGUUACUGUACGUUUUAAUUUAUUACAGCAUCAUAAAGAUAUUAUGCUUUUUUCUUCAGUAGAAUAUUAAAAUGGCUUUAAACUUUCUGCAGUCUGCAGCUGGAUAAUCAGAACACUGCUUGUACUUGUGAAUGUGCACUUCACAUUCUCCCUAUGUUUUAUUCAUUUAGAGUGCAAACAAAAAAAAUAUUCAAAGAAAGAGUGCCCACACUUCUUUAACUCUCCGCCCAUGUU